AUGAGCAAACGAAAAGCACAAGAUCAAAAUCCAAACAGUGAUUUUUGUGACUUUCUCAGCGGUGGGGCUCAUUUAUUUAUUGUUUCUAUGCAUGGCUUCAUUUGGUGACCCUCUUGGCAUAUCAAAGCUCAAGGUUACUUCCAAAUAUUUCAGUAAUAUUUUUCGGUUGUUCCGGUUUCCAAACAGCCAAGGGCACUUUUGGCCGGCAGGAACAUAUCACGCAAAAGUAACUUCUUUUCCCAAAGAAUUAAAUUAACCGUAGUAUUCUUGUUUAUAGGCUAAAUUUAAACUUAAUGUCGCGAUUUACUUUUGAUGAUAUGAGCCUUUUUUAUACUGAUCAUGAAAAUCGUGUUUCUUUGAAUUUCAAACGUUUUUAGAGCUAGCGGAAUACGAGAAGAAUGUAUCGCGUCAAAUACACAAAUACAAUGCAUACAGGUAUUGCAAAUAGUAAAUUUUCUUCAAUACAACACAGUAAUAUAAAGUACAAACAGGAGCAAUAGAUAACCUUUAAGCAUUUGCUGGACUGUACAGCAAAUUAGUUCUGUGUGUAUAAUCUUUUUUGGUGAAGAAUUUUCUCAUCAAAGCCCUCUAUUCCCAUGGAACAGGUGAGAAAAAUAGGAGACUUUGAUUAGAAAGACUAAUAUGUACAAAUAUUGUAUAUAUUAUUGAUGAAUGUGGCACAAAUAUUUAUCUCUCUCAGCUCUUCUAGAGCCUAUAUCAUAAUCUACCAAGGCAUGGAAGGCAUAUAGGAGAUUCUUGCUUAAGGCAUUUUAAUAUUGCCCUGUAUUUAGAUGCAGCUAAUGGCUCUAUCAACAGAUACAGAAAGAAACUAAUGUGUAAGUUAUGUUAUAUUGUGCUCACAGGAAGGCAGCAUCUGUAUUAGCCAAACAUCCCACAAGGAUCAAAAGUGGAGAAGAAGCCCGUAAAUUGGUGAGAAUAGGUAUACUAAGGUAUACAUCUGUUAUAGUGGUAGAUUGAUUGAGUGAUAGAAUGGGCUGCAGCCCAUCCUUUUUUCUUGGUGACACAGAUGUUCUCAGAACUCUUUAAUCAAUCAACAAAAUUAAUUGUAUUGGCCCCCUUUUUCUGAAUUAUUUUCUGGACCUGCCUAUCCAUCAGGCUUUUCGGAACCAUGUGUUUGGUUGGGGGGUUGGGGUCUGGGUGGGGGAAUGGUGGAGGGUGGGGAUUUUCACCUUGUCUUUCCAGUGUGCAAAAAGAGUAGUAUGAGAUAACCUGGGGCUAGAAGAUUUUGCGAUCGGGCUGGUAAUCAAUCCUGCUCAUCACCAUCAAUUUUUUGGGGGGUCAGUUAUAAUGACUUUUGGGCCAGUACGUGCUAGCUGCAGCUUGCCCAAUCACAAGGCUCGAAAUAAUUUCCGGGGAGCCUUCAGACACGAUGACCGGCCAAAUUCAUUUUAACUCAGUCACUUAUCGUUUCUGGCCGGUCAAAUUUAUGAGAUAAAUAACUCUUAAAACAAGGGCCCAUGAACCAAAACUGGCGUUAUAUAUUUCAAAAAAACAGCUAUGGGUUCAGAUAUUUCGCAGGGUCGAGGGGCUGCGAAAUUUGUUAGAAAUCUUAUCCAAUACAUGUUGAUACAACAUAUUUGAAACUUAUCUCGGCCAUUGGGGCUGUUAAUUGCCGUCAACUUCAUCCCCACAACGAGCGAACAACGUUCCAAAACUACCAGGCAUAAGUUAUGUUGGGAACAACUGGGCACUAGUCAUGAUGUUUUAAAAAGCUUUGCCAUUGGCUCAUUUCUCGAGUGCUUUGUAGUUAAAAUAGCAAGUGAUUAUCUCUGUUAAAAAACUUUAAAGACGCUCGUCAAAUCAGCGCAAAAUUGAUCGAUUUCUAGCGAAAUUUGUCCAGAAAAUUCCCACGAAAUCGGUUGUUUUUAUCUAUUGUUUUUUGGCAAAGUUAGUCCCGAAAUUAGAAAUUCCCGCAAUAUCGGCUGGUUUUUCUGCGAAUGUCUCUAAAAAUCCCGCGAAACUUGACUUUUUUCUCCGUGACUGACCAGACGCCCUGAAGUUGUUGUUUAACUCAUAAAAGUGAAAAUAUUUUUAAUUUUGUGACCGAAAGCACAUGAACCCUAAUGUCUGUUUCAAUGCGCGAAUUGUAAACAACAGUUCUAGUUGUAUUUCACCCAGGAUUUCAGAUCAACGUUUCGCAAUGCACAGCGACUCGCUACAUACUGAUAACAAUUGAAACAACUGAUUGUGACCAAUCAACAUGACCGGCAAUACGAAAAGUUGACUGGUCAACUCCCCAGUCAGUCUGGACAUUGCCCAUUGACCGGCCGCUGUUUCGAGCCCUGCAAUCAGCAAGCUGUAAAACUUGCUUUCUUUUCUACCUGCUUUCAGUUUGUUCUCUCUGCAUUUUUGUAAAUUAACUCUUAAAUACACGCCCCCCCACCCCCCGCCAGUUUCCUUGUACUGUCCGUACAACCAUAAUGUUAACUUAUAUGGUCUAUCUAAUUACAUAACCACUUUUUGUUUGUCAUGCAGCUGGUUACUGGUAUUGAGGAAAUGUCUGUAGGUUUAGCUUUCAUUUGGUGAUUUGACUAUUGCUCAGUGUCUUUUCAACCUUUUGUAUUGCAUCAUUUGGUAAUCACACUCAUCUGUAACACCAAGAAAUUAAACUAUUGCAACAGGCAUUGCAUCGUGAUACAGUAAUGGCUAUAUCAGAGACCGGGUCCAUCUUGUACCCCUUUGGAAAUUCCAGCUGGUUCAGAUUGAUGUGAGAAAAAAUAAGAAAGAGGAUGAGAAAUUGGUGGGACAUGCUUUACCUUGAACAGUUUCUUUUACAUGACUGUGUUAUUAUUAAUUUAUAUUUUAAUUGCAACUCAAAAAUGAUGAAAAGGUGGCAAGGUUACCUAAGAGAAACUUGUGAAUAGACUGACUUUUGGAUAAUUAAGACGGAAUCCCCCAGGAAAUUGAGUAAUUUUAAUUCUCAUGGUGGAAAGUUGUCUGUUCAUUAUAAAUGUUUUGAUUACAUACAUUACAUUCACUGACAGUACCUUUAUCAUUGACUUCUUUGUUUGUUUUCAUAAUCUUUUAAGCCUGGAAUUGGAGAUAAGAUUGGGAAAAAGAUUGAUGAGUUUAUCAAAACAGGCAAGUUGGAAAAGCUUGAAAAGGUACUAUAAAAAUAUACUACAGUCUUCUGUAACUUAAGCCGUUUUCUUUUCAGAAAAAAUCUGAACAAAGCAAAAUAUAACAUCUACUGAAAUCUCCUACCAGUUUUCAGCACCGAAGAUUCCCGUUUUGAGGAGAUAUAAAGCCACCAACUCCAGUUCUUCUAGCUAGCCAUCCAUUUUUCAGCUGCGAUAAAAACCGUUGUACUUGUCAAUUUAUGCAAGCAUUUUAGAUUUGCCACCACAUUCGCACAGGCAGUUUGCCAUUGGAGAUAAUGAGAAAAAUAAGACGAUUACCAUAUUUUUCUUCAUCAUGGUCCCCAAGUGAUAAUCUCGCUGCACAUUCAGCAUAAAGUUCUUCUUCUUGUAGUGCUAACUUAUUUGCCCUAGGUUUUUGAUUACUCAGUUUCUUGCAAUAAAGCUUUGAGUAAUAAUAUCCUUUCAGAUAGGAGAUAUAGUCCUUUAGCACUCUUCCCCCACUUGUGCAUCAACUUUCCCAAAUUGUAGCAUAGCAUUUUAAGGUUAAAUUUGACCAGCAUCCUGUGCAGCGAGUUGCAUGGUCAUGAUUGACUUCAAACUUGCAGAUAUAAAACUUGUGAGCUCUGAGGCAUAAUUGCUGAAGUUGGGAAAAAUCUAUCAUAGGAUUUUGAAGUUAUUUGCAUUUUUUGUAAAAAAAAAAUGAAGUUUUAAAUGUAUCCCGAUAUCUCAGGUGUUUUUAUACCUACAAGAAAAUGAAUAACAUUUUUUUAAAGUUCCACCAUUUUUUAUUAAGGAUGCCAAAAAUCAUCCAAAUCAGUCAAAUCAUUCCUGCUGAAAAACCUGAUUCAAAAACAUAACCAACACCCAUAUAAAUAGGUUCGCACCACCUUACAAAGCAUUAUUUUUUAGUACCAGUUAUACAAUACACUGUAUAUAGUACCAAUAAAAUAGUCAAGUCUGUCUUGAUUUUUUUCUAGAUCAGAGGUGAUGAAACUACAAAAGCAAUUCAACAGUUAACAAGAGUAUCUGGCAUUGGGUCAGUAUUAACACCAGCUAGUUGCUUUUGUUACGGAAGAGUAUUGAGUGCUUAUAAUUUGCUUACUUGAUGAAGUAAUGGCUAAAGUCAUGUUCGAUAGCCUGAGAAAACAGCCAACUUUUUUUGUUGUCACCUUUAAACAGGGUUCGUACAGGUCAUGGAAAACCUGAAAAGUCAUGGAAUUUAAGAAUUUCAUUUUCAGGCCUGCAAAGUCAAUUAAGACUUGAAAUAAUAAGGAUAUAUAAUUGAAUCAUAAACCAAGACUUCCAUUUCUGUUGGCUAAAUGAUGGAUCACAAGUGUCAAGGCCUGUGCAAUGAAUUUGUUUCUUCAACUUACUUUGUUUUAGACCUGCUGCUGCCAGAAAAUUUGUAGAUGAAGGAAUAACAUCACUGGAAGGUUAAUAUUGCUCCAUUUUUGCUGUGCACAUGAGUUUUUAUAUAGUACGUGGUCUGAUGUCACAAAUUAAUAACUUGAUAGUAAUAAUAAGUACUUAUUAACAAUUAUAUUACCCUCUCCCAAUGAAUCAAACAUUUCAGAUUUAACAUUACAAGUUAGAAAUACCAACUUUGGCAGGAGAGGAACCAGCUGAAAAUUUUUUAGCCAUAGCUAAAACAUUUAAGUUGAGAUUGACUGGUGUGAAUCAACUUCCAGGGCUCAAAAUUGCAACUGAUACAGUUGCCAAUGCGACUAACAUUUUUGCCUUGGUGACUAAAAUUCUGGUUUAGUCGCCACUUUGGCGGCCAGAUUUCUCUAAGAUUUAGAUUUAAAUUAAAAGAGUGAGUUAAAACAAACAUUUUAUCCUCUCUUGCUUUACUUUCAUCAUAAAACAUGCACCAAAUUGCACAAACAAAGCCAAUUUAUCUCCAAAUUUUUACCGUCUUCUGUCCACGAUAUUUUAAAACAAUCAAAUACAAUGCAUUGCGCCAUACUAGGAGCUGCAUCAUCAUUAUAGCGGAGCUCCACGCGCACGCGAAGCGCGCGCGUGGGCGGAGCCCCAUUGCUAAGUAAAUCUACCCAUCCCAGAAAAUUUGGUAAUCACGUGACCGUACACCGACCGCCGACCGCCGACCGCCGACCGCCGACCGACCGUCCGUCCGCACCACAGGAAAACCAAUGUUUACUCUCACAUUUUAGCUAGUUUGGGAGCCCAAGAGAAAACUAAUUUCACAUCAAUGUUGUGAUCAAUUGACAGCUGUCAAAACAGGGCAUCCGCUGACCAGUAUCACCUGACCGUAGCGCGGGCUCAAGUGUCGACCCAUCGAGGUCGAGUAUUUUUUGAAGUUAUCCGCUGACAAAUUACCAGUUUGAAAUGAUCGCUGGCUCAAGUUUAUUUUUUCCAAGGAUUCAUAUCAAAUAUGUUGUGUUUAUGUCACCAUGGCCCCGCACUAUUAGAAUUUUGAUUUCAAACUGACUUCGGAAGCGAAAAUUCAGCCAGUUUUUUUAAAAGUACAGGCGGGGAAGACCUUAUCUUACCAUGGUCACGCGUUGGUCACGCUCUACGUCCAAUUUUUAUACUCUGAUUGGUCAAAAUUUGACAGGUGAGUUCAUGCGAAAAAAUUAUGCAGCAUCUUGAAAAUUGUUUACUUUGACAGCUGAAGCUGAAGAGUUUUGUGUCAACUUGUGAUGUUUUUAACUGUCUUUUUCUUCUGGAUGUACAAAAUGAAAUACAGCUGCUAUCAAGAGUCUUCUGUUAUUCAUGGCUGGUUUGUUUACUGGGUUUUUGGUUGAGGAACGCGUCGCUUGUCAAAAUUUGGUAAUUCGAUUUCGGAUGGCAUCGUUUUCGUUUUUCACCUUGCUUAAUGCUUAAGAGGGUUUAAAAGUCUCAAGCAACUGUGGCCUUCCUUGAUAGCUUUCAGGAACUGAAUCUCGAAUGGUAAGCCUGAGUAACUAUUGUAUUUGAUGUUUGUUUUUGUUAUAUCUAAUUUCAUGAAGUCUUGCACAUUCACGCUGACAGUUUAUGCGGCAAGUUUAUGCACGUUUGUAGCCGUAGUUUGAGUCAAUGAUCUGACCUAGUAUCAGGUUUGAACGGUUUGAUAUAAGCUUACAGAACUUUAAAAAGCCUUCAGAUAUAUUUGCUCACCACAGAUAGAAAACGUUCCGAAGAAUAUUUAGUUAUAAAUUUGGCUGUAGAAAGAAAACUUUGAGCGAUUUUCUUGCUUCGAGGAGUUCACCUUGGAAAACAGUAAACACCCGCGCCGGGAAGCCGGCUUAUAAAGCUUCACGCCGAGACUCAGGAUUUUUAGAGACACUUUAAUACUUGUCUUCAUGAAUGAAAAUUGUUAUCUCUGUAAAUGUUUCACCGAAUUAUAUUUCUUUUUUUGAUUGUUAGUAGUCUCUCUUGCAAUUUUAAUCGCUUGUCUGUGCCGUUUGUUUUCAUCGUUCAUGAACAUCGCUUGCAGGAGUACUCAAAAAUGUCGCGCGUAUCAAACGCUUUAUAAGAUUACACAUCGUUAUAACUGAAACCAUUAAAUAACAAAAAAAAAAAAUAAUAAAUUCGCUAUUAUGUUGAAGUGUAACGCUAUUAAAGUUCAUUCAAACACUCGACCACACUGACAGCUCGCACUAUAGAAACGAGAACCGGCUAGCCAUAUGGGUGAUUUUGGAAAUUUUUGAACGGUUUCGCUUUACGAUUGAUCGUCCUGAAUAUUGACUGAGUGCAAUUUGUCUUGAAAAAUUGUGAAAUACUGCAUUCUGUCCGAGGUCUGUGUGAUAAAUAGUACUGUUUCACCUCAAAUGUGAUGUAUAAAAAUUAUAAAAGGUUGGUUUAAACACCCCCAGAUUUGUUGGCAAGAAUUUGUAAAGUAAACCUCUCGAACGCAAAAAAAUUCGGCGUGAUUUGUUUUCCAAGAAUUUGUUUUCGAGGCCUAAUCUACUGUGAUCUUGAAUGUGAUCGAAGAUGUUUGCUAUUUUUUGGGUGUACAUAUAAGGUUAUCAAUUCGAUGUAAGAUGUUUCACUCUAAAAUAACUUAGCCUUUCCCUCAAAAGUCACAUGAAUGUGCCCUUAAGUUAAAUGAUUUGUGGAUUAAAAGUUUAUUUUUUAAUUUAAAUUAUAAAUUUAUUAAUUGGAGCUUCGCUUUUAGCCCUGGCUAAAUCUAUAUAUUACAAACUGGCGACUAAAAAUUUUGCAUUUGGUGACUAUAACAUUAUUAUUUCUCCAGUUUGUCACCAAAAGACGACCUGAGGAUUUUUUUAAUUUUGAACCCUGACUUCAUUUGAACCUGGGCAACUAUAUAGGACUAUAGUCAACCUGAAAAACUUUUAUUUGAGUGUCAAUGUAUUUUGAACCAAGACACUUUAUUGAGGACACUAUUUUACAUUUCCUACUACAGACAGGGUCGCCACUUUACAUGGUCAUCCAAGCAAUGCAAAGGUCUAGCCGUUUGAAGGAGCAGUACUUUCAUUUCUCAGUUAUUUUAACCCUUUAAACCCUAAGAUCAAAGUUUGAAUUCUCAUUUGUUGCCCCUAUUUAUUUCCUACAGAAGUAGUGGGGAGAAGUUGAUAACAUAUCAAGCACAUUCGUAAUUCGUCUUGUGUGAUCAUGUCCGUAAUUCUCGUGACCACUCUGUUUUACAAAGCACAGAUAUUACAAGGAGAAAUUUAAUGCUGAUCACUCUUAGGGCUUAAAGGGUUAAGACCCCAAGCAAUGGUUCUGCCCAAGGGAUCAAACCUGCAACAUCCCAUUCUGCAGUCAAACGCUCCACCAACUGAUACACGAGCUAAUCCUGCUGUGGUUAAUGCUGAACUAUAUAACUUUAGGGUAUCUAAAUUAGACUAGCUUGUAAUAAUAAAAAUUAUAGUCCAUUUUUUUGGUUCCAUGUAGGUUUGAGGCAGGUUCAAGACAAACUUAAUCAUCAUCAGAAAAUUGGUUUCAAGUAUGUUGGUCACAAGGAUUGUUCUUGUCUUCCAUUCAGUACUGAGUGGAAAUUGUUUUUUUUUUACUCUGUUGCAUGGCCCCCUAUGAAAUAAUAGCUUUUAUCUAUCCUUAGGUAUGUUGAGGAAUUUGAGAAACGGAUCCCACGAGAGGAGAUGCUAAAAUUACAGGUCUGUGAUAAAACCUUGAACUGCUUUGUUCAACUGCUUUGUUAUCCAUCUAGAAUAGCUCUGCUAAUAGGCCUUUUGCAAUAACCCCCCCCCCCCCACCCCAGUUUCCCUGUCAGUACAACCAGAAUGUUAACUUAUAUGGUCUAUCCCUAGUGUCUUAAUUACACAGCCACUUUUUGUUUGUCAUGCAGCUGGUUACUAGUGGCCAAAAGGGAGUGUCUCAUGGUAUUGAGGAAACGUCUGUAGGUUUAGCUUUCAUUUGGUGAUUUGACUAUUGCUCAGUGUCUUUUAAACCUUUUGUAUUACAUCAUUAUUUUGGUAAUCACAUUCAUCUGUAACAGCAAGAAAUUAAACUAUCGCAAGAGGAGUUGCAUGGAGAUACAAUAAUGGCUAUAUAAGAGACUGGGACUAUCUUGUAACCCUUUGGAAAUUCCAACUGGUUCAGAUUGACGUGAGCACCAAUAAAAAAGAGAAUGAGAAAUUGGUGGACAUGCUUUACCUUGAACAGUUUCUUUUACUUGACUGUGUUGUUAAUUUAUAUUUUAAUUGCAACUCUAAAAUGAUAAAAAGGUGGCAAGGUUACCUAAGAGAAACUUGUGAAUAGACUUUACCCACGUGGAAUUGAUGUCUUUCAGAUAAUUAAGAUGGAAUCCUCCAGGAAAUUGAGUAAUUUUAAUUCUCACAUUGGAAAGCUGUCUGUUCAUUAAAAAUGUUUUUAUUCAAGUACAUUCUCUGACAGUACCUUUAUCAUUGACUUCUUUGUUUGUUUUCAAUUCAUAAUCUUGCAAGCCUGGAAUUGGAGAUAAGAUUGGGAAAAAGAUUGACGAGUUUGUCAAAACAGGCAAGUUGGAAAAGCUUGAAAAGGUACUAUAAAAAUGUACUACAGUCUACUGUAACUUGAGCCCAUUUCUUUGCGCAAAAAAUCUCAACAAAGCAAAAUAUAACAUCUACUGAAAUCUCCUAUCAGUUUUUAGCACUGAAGAUUCCCGUUUUGAGGAGCUGCGAUAAAAACCCUUGUACUUGUCAAUUUACGCAAGCAUUUUAGAUUUGCCACCACAUUUGCACAGGCAGUUUGCCAUUGGGGAUAAUGAGAAAAAUAAGACGAUUGCCAUAUUUUUCUUUAUCUUUGUCCCCAAGUGAUAAUCUCACUGCACAUUCAGCAUAAAGUUGUUCAUCUUGUAGAGCUAACUAUAUUUGCUGUAGGUUUUUGAUUACUCAGUUUCUUGCAAUAAAGCUUUAGGUAAGAAUAUCCUUUCAGAUAGGAGAUAUAGUCCUUUUAGCACUCUUCCCCCACUUAUGCAUCAAUUUUCCCAAAUUUUAGCAUAACAUUUUAAGGUGAAAUUUGACCAGCAUCCUGUACAGCAAGUUGCAUGAUUGCAUGAUUGACAUCAAACUUUCAGUUAUAAAACUUGUGAGCUCUGAGGUGUAAUUGCUGAAGCUGGGAAAAAUCUGUCAUAGGAUUUUGAAGUUAUUUGCAUUUUCUGUAAAAAAAAAAAUGAAAAUUUGAAUCUAUACCGAUAUCUCAAAUGUUUUUAUAUCUACAAGAAAAUGAAUAACAUUUUUUUAAAGUUCCACCAUUUUUUAUUAAGGAAUGCCAAAAAUCAUCCAAAUCAGUCAAAUCAUUCCUGCUGAAAAACGUGAUUCAAAAACAUAACCAACACCCAUAUAAAUAGGUUCGCACCACCUUUCAAAGCAUUAAUUUUUAAUACUAGUUAUACAAUACACUGUAUAUAGUACCUAUGAAAUAGUCAAGUCUGCCUUGAUUUUUUUCUAGAUCAGAGGUGAUGAAACUACAAAAGCAAUUCAACAGUUAACAAGAGUAUCUGGCAUUGGGUCAGUAUUAACACCAGCUAGUUGCUUUUGUUACGGAAGAGUAUUGAGUGCUUAAAAUUUGCUUACUUGAUGAAGUAGUGGCUAAAGUUCAUGUUCGAUAGCCUGAGAAAACAGCCAACAUUGUUGUCACCUUUAAACAGGGUUCGUACAGGUCAUGGAAAACCUGGAAAGUCAUGAAUUUAAGAAUUUUGAGGCCUGCAAAGUCAAAUUAAGACUGGUAUCAAUUCGAAAUAAUAAGGAUACAUAAUUGAAUCAUAAUUGAAUCAUAUAAUUUAUAAUUGAAUCUCUUCCAUUUCUGUUGGCGUAAUGAUGGAUCACAAGUGGCAAGGCCUGUGCAAUGAAUUUUGUUUCUUCAACUUAUUUUGUUUUAGACCUGCUGCUGCCAGAAAAUUUGUAGAUGAAGGAAUAACAUCACUGGAAGGUUAAUUGAUAUUGCUCCAUUUUUGCUGUGCACAUGAGUUUUUAUAUAGUACGUGGCCUGAUGUCACAAACUAAUAACUUGAUACUAAUAAUAAGUACUUAUUAAUAAUGAUAUUAGCCUCUCCCAAUAAAUCAAACAUUUCAGAUUUAACAUUAAAUUUAAAAAUCCCAACUUUGGCAGGAGAGGAACAAGUUGAAAAAUGUUCUUUCUUGAGAUUGACUGGUGUGAAUCAACUUCCAGGGCUCGAAAUUGAGACUGAUAUGGUCGCCAAUGUGACUAACAUUUUUGCCUAAGUUGGCGACUAAAAUUCUGGUUUAGUGGCCACUUUGGCAGCCAGAUUUCUCUAUCAUUUAGAUUUAGAUUAAAAGAGUAAAGUUGAAGAAACAUUUAUCUUCUCUUGCUUUACUUUCAUCAUAAAACAUGUGCUAAAUUGCAUAAACAAAGCCAGUUUACCUCCAAAUUUAUACCAACUUCUGUCCACGAUAUUUUCAAACAAUCAAAUAUGAUGGAUUUUGCCGUACUAGGAGCUGCAUCAUCAUUAUAAAAACUGGUGACAAAAAUUUUGCAUUUGGUGACUAUAAUUGUUGUUUCUCCAGUUGGUCGCCAAAAGGCAACCUGAGGAUUUUUUUAAUUUUGAGCCCUGACUUCAUUUGAACCUGGGCAACUAGGACUAUAGUCAACCUGAAAAACUUUUAUUUGAGUGUCAAUGUAUUUUGAACCAAGACACUUUAUUGAGGACACUAUUUUACAUUUCCUACUACAGACAGGACUGCCACUUUAUGUGGUCAGUACUUUCAUUUCUCAGUUAUUUUAACCCUUUAAACCCUAAGAUCAAAGUUUGAAUUCUCAUUUGUUGCCCCUAUUCAUUUCCUAUAGAAGUAGUGGGGAGAAGUUGAUAAAACAUCAAGCACAUUUGUAAUUCAUCUUGUGUGAUCAUGUCCAUAAUUCUCGAGACCAAUCUGUUUUACAAAGCACGGAUAUUACAAGGAGAAAUUUGAUGCUGAUCACUCUUAGGGCUUAAAGGGUUAAGACCUCAAGUAAUGGUCCUGCCCAAGGGAUCAAACCUGCAACAUCCCAUUCUGCAGUCAAAUGCUUCACUAACUGAUAAACUGAUACACGAGCUAAUCCUGCUGUGGUUAAUGCUGAACUACAUAUAACUGUAGGGUAUCUAAGUUAGACUAGCUUGUAAUAAUAAAAAUUAUACUCCAUUUUUUUGGUUCCAUGUAGGUUUGAGGCAGGUUCAAGACAAACUUAAUCAUCAUCAGAAAAUUGGUUUCAAGUAUGUUGGUCACGAGGAUUGUCCUUGUCUUCCAUUCAGUACUGAGUGGAAAUUGUUUUUUUUACUCUGUUGCAUGGCCCCCUAUGAAAUAAUAGCUUUUAUCUAUCCUUAGGUAUGUCGAGGAAUUUGAGAAACGGAUCCCACGAGAGGAGAUGCUAAAAUUACAGGUCUGUGAUAAAACCUUGAACUGCUUUGUUCAACUGCUUUGUUAUCCAUCUAGAAUAGCUCUGCUAAUAGGCCUUUUGCAAUAGUAAACACGAAAACAGUUCUCUUUUAAAUAAUUUUGUUGGCAGGAACUGAAAGAGCAUACGAAAAUUAGGUAACCUGUAAAUAAUCAGCCUUAUACUUCAAAAACAGCAGCUGCAACAGCCGCUAAAAAUUAAAAGGAUUUAUAUGGGAAAAACAACUUUUGCCACCCAGUCACGCUUGAAUGGCUUGCCAUACAAAUCCUUGUAAACUUUGAAAGUUUCAUUAUGAAACUCACAUUACAUAUUAUGAAACUCAAAUUUUUCUUUUGUUGAUGANUUUUUACGUUUUUUUUUUAAAUCUCACUUUAUAAUUUUGAAAAUCUAAUUUUUUUUUUUUUUUGUGGGAAAAAUUUGGGGCCCGGUACGCGUUGGGGACCUUUUGUUUUUCGGCGGAAAAAAAGUAAUUUCGGGUUUCCCCCCUCCCCCCCCCCCCCCCCCCACUUUGCACAGUGUUGUGUGUUACAAGACAAACACCCUUUGCAUAUCUUGCACACAUUAAGGACCUGAACUUUGUUCAGGGGGAUGGGUUGAAAACUUAUUAAGGCGGUGUGUAUGAGUGUGUAUUGCGGGUUAGCUUCAAAUUCCAUACAAAAAACAAAGAAUCCUUGUGAUCAACUUACUGGAAACCAGUUUUUUGAUGAUGAUAAAGUUUGUCUUGAACCCUCUUUAAACCUACAUGAAACCAAAAAAAUGGGGUAUCAUUACAAGCUAGGCAAAGCAUGAAGACAUUCACCAGGACAUUAAUCAUAUAAGUGCAGCUGUGCGGGAUAGGAAUAGAAGGUUUACUAAGAUUCAGAAUAUAAACUUUAUCAUUAUUCGUUGGCUAAUUUUGUAAUUUCAAAAACCUUUAAAAUCUGACUGUUAGUUGUAACUUUAGGCUUCCAAUGUCUAAAUUUUAUUUUCGUUUUUAGGAAAUGAUCAUGGAGAAGAUUGCAGAGUUUGACAAGCAAAUUAUUGCAACAGUUUGCGGUAGUUUCAGAAGAGGUAUUGGCAGUGGUCUUUUAUUGUCUGAUGAUUGUAACAACCAAGAGGCAGAUCCAGGGGGGGGGGGUUGGACUGGGUGGCUAGCCAUCCCCCCUUUAGAACAGCCCAUAAAAGUUUUCUUCCAACGAAAUUCGUCUCCUUUGUUUUUGUUAUCUCUCACUCCCUUGCUCUUGCUCUGCUAUCCACGUCAGUCUAGACAGUAAAAUUUAGUGGACUUGUCUGUCUGGUAGUUAAUGUGACAUUUGACAUUGCCUUACAUGGAGUGGACGAACGUACGGAUAUACGGACAGUCACGUGAUUACCAAAAUUUCUCUCAUCUACAGGUUACCAUUUUUUCUUCCCCAUAGUGCUAUGCUGCACGCGCUUCGCGCGCGCGAGCGUUCCCUAUAAGCCCAGAGCUUAUAAGCGGCAGUUUAUUGUAUCUCUGAUGGUAGAUUGCUCACAUAUCAAUUUUUCAUAUAUCAUGAGGUGCCACCUCCAGUGGAGAUAUUGAUGUGUUAUUGACGCACCCAUCAUUCAACUCAACUGACAGAGAGUUUGAUAAGGUCAGUAAUAGUAUACAGCAAAAAAAUACUCCUACAAAUAUUCUCCCUAAAUAGCAUAAACUCAUUAGUGUUCAACGUAGCCUGUUCACAGACCCUCUCUUUUCUCUUUAGAUAUUGUCUAGCGCGCCUAUGGAAAUAAAAACCGCGAGGGAUUUAUUGUCCGCAAGUUGAAUUGGGUGGUGGUGGGGAAAAAGAGAAAAUAGUUCCUUUCGUUUUUUCUCGCAUUCCAAUUCGCUCUCGCGUGCGAACCAAGCGAUCUCACUUUCAAAUCGUCGAAAAAAAACCGUCGUACAGGUCAUGGAAAACCUGGAAAGUCGUGGAAUUUUAGAAUGUCAUUUUCCAGGCCUGUAAAGUCAUGGAAUUUAAUUAUCGUUCCUUGAAAGUGAUGGAAAAUUAAAGUUUUGUUUGGUAGUUUGGUUACUGCAGAUGGCAAAGCGAGGACAAUGUAAGAUAGACAGCAGUAAUUAAACAGCGCAAACGGCACGCUUUUUGGUGAACACCAUAGUUUGUUUCUGUUGAGCUGCUUAAGGUCAAAAAAUACCCCAAAACAAGGAAAAUUUUGAAAAUUUUUGAAGGUGACCACUAAACCAGAGGUCUUGGAAAAUUUGAAAACGUCAUUGAAAAAAGUCAUGGAAGGUCAUGGAAUUUCAGGAGCUCAAAAGAGUACGAACCCUGAGCAAAACUUCCGUGAACAGGCCAUGUUAAACCAUUCUUAUUUGCGAAGUAUCAUUGACAAGGAAGUAUCGUAGAAAGCAAUGGUGAUGAGAGUAAUAAAAAAGGGUAUUCCUUCCAAAUCCCUCACCAACAACCCCCCCAUCCGCCCUCUUUACCUUUGCCAAAUUACACUAUUGUUCAUAAACAUCACAGCAUCACACUAUCGUAUAACUAAUUCCGAGACUCAUUGCAAAUUAUAAACUUCACUUUCAAUUUGUUGUUUUUGCGAAUCGCUCGGACUUCAUCAGCGAUGUGAGAACAUCAGUUUGCUCUUAUAUUCUUGCUAUUAUUUGUAGAAAGCUCUUCUACAUGGUGUUGUGGACACGCUAUCGAAAGGAAGUUUCGUAACUGAUUCUCUAUCCUUGGGGGACACGAAAUUUAUGGUAAGGAAACCGUAAGUUAAAGAGACAUUUAUUCAUUUGACGCAACCCUUUGUUCAUUCUUUUAUAGAAUUUAUUAGUUAAUCAAUAAUUAAUUAUUUAAAUGCGGAUUAAGUUAGUCAUUUAUUAACUUAAUUUUUUUGCAUUCGACGCAGAGAAAGCAAUCCUAUUCUAAGUGAUCUCGAUUAGAGCACCACUUGUGGUGUGCCAGACGUUUUCUGACACAUUUAUAAAUUUAAUAGGUUGAUUGAUUGACUGUUAGCUUUUGUUGAGACACUCCUGUGUGUCAUAGCAUUGCACAGACAGCCGUGUUGCCCAGACCGACACAGUAAGUAAGCGGCCUUCUUAGACUUGCCACAAGUCGACAAGCGAGCAGAGCGAGCUUUUUAGGCCGCGAGCGACAAAGUCGCGAGAGGUUAAAUCCGUCGAAGGACUUUUUUGAAAGUCUAGCGGCCUUCUGUGCGAGGAAUUCCGAGUUUGAUUCCUAGGCGUAACGUCAAAUCCUUGUUUCGACUUCUGUCAGUUCCUUGUGGCUUUGAGUAGCUUAAAAUAUCAGUAAAACGGAACACUUGUGGAGAGAGAGGGAUAAAAUGAGUGCACUGUUAGUCUGAUGCCGACCGUUUCGAUCUACCGACGUAUAAAAUUAAGGACCCUCUUUUCACUCUUCUGUUUAUUGCAAGGGGUGGGUCAGGAUUUUGCUUACCGCUACCAUCUCAUACGUACGAAGAGCUUUUAGCGAAAACUACUUUCCUUGUUUCCUUGUUUAUUCCUUUUUGCUCAGUACCUUUAUCCAUAAUGUAUAUAUAUUUUAUGGUUCAAUUUUUUUCUGUUAGCAAACAAUUUCCAAAACUCAGAGCAAAACAGUUUGAAGCAAAACGAAGACUUCAUUGUUUCCUGCGACCAAUUAGGAGACACCUUCCAAGCAGCUCCUACACUACUCUCGAUGGUCUUCUUGACUCGGCGCUUGAUGGCGUGAUUUUCGUCAGUUAAAACUUCAACAUUGUGUGGGUUGAUGUUAUGACUCGUUGCCCGGCAGUUGUCGUUUGUUAAAUUAUUUCGCUAGAGCAGAUGAACAACGUUUUGGGUGACGUAAGUUUUUUUCUUGAACAGAAUGGAAUUGAACCACAAUCUUCAUACAGUCAAAACCGUGUCAGUGACUAUUUUGUGCACAUUUCAUUGACAGGGAGUCUGUAUUUUGCCAAAAGCAAAGGAAAAGAUUCACAGAAGAAUUGACAUAAGGUGUGAAGCUUCUCAUUGUGUAUUUAUAGGGGGCUUAAACAAGAACGACGGCGACGACGGCGCUACGAAAACGUCACUUAAAAAGUGAAGUCGCGCUACUUCAAACUGUAUCGCGCUUAUUCCAUCUCGUUCAACUCGUCAAAUGUUGGCGACUUUUCUGGAGUUGAAUUCUAAAAGACGCUAUCAAAGUUCAGGAAAACUUGAAAAAAAGUAAGUCGUGUUAAGUGUUCACGUCCUCCACAAAACGUGAAAUUUGGCAUUUUCACGUCGUAGUCAGGAAUUUGAGAAACGGAUCCCACGAGAGGAGAUGCUAAAAUUACAGGUCUGUGAUAAAACCUUGAACUGCUUUGUUCAACUGCUUUGUUAUCCAUCUAGAAUAGCUCUGCUAAUAGGCCUUUUGCAAUAGUUGGUCACAUGAUCAAGUUUUUAUAAACAACAAAACAGUUCGUUUUUGAAUAAUUUUGUUAGCAGGAACUGAAAGAGCAUAGUAAGAAUAGGUAACCUGUAAAUAUUCAGCUGUGUACCUGAAAAGCAGCAGUUGCAACAGCCACUGAAAAUUCGAAGGAUUUGUAUGGGAAAACAACUCUUGCCACCCAGUCAUGCUUGAAUGGCUUUUAUUGCUAUACAAAUCCUUGUAAACUUUGAUAGUUUCAAAUUGUCAUAAAAUCUUUCCCUUACACAUUAUGAAACUCAAAUUUUCUUUUGUUCACAAGAGAAAAUUUGAGCCUUGUAAACGUUUGGGACACUUUGUGUUUCAGGUGACGAAAAUGCAAUUCGGGUUGACCCUCCUCCCCUCCCGCUGCACAGUGUUGUGUGUUACAAGACAAACACCCUUAGGGGGGUUUGGGGGGGUGGGGGUAAUCUUGUUGAGGUCGUGUUUAUGAGUGUGUAUUGCCUGUUAGCUGCAAAUCCCAUACAAAAAACAAACAAUCUUUGUGAUCAACAUACUUGAAACCAGUUUUUUGAAAAUGAUCAAGUUUGUCUUGAACCGUCUUUAAACCUACAUGAAACCAAAAAAAUGGAGUAUCAUUGCAAGCUAGGCGAAGAUGAAGAUAUUCCGCAGGGCAUUAAUCAUGUAAGUGCAGCUUGAACGGUCUUUUUCCCUUACCACUCUCUUUGUUCUUUACCAGCAUCUGGAUAGGCCUAGAAGGUUUAGUUAGAUUCAGAAUGUAAACUUUAUCAUUACUCAUUGGCUAAUUUUGUUAUUUCAAAAACUUUUAAAAUAUGACUGUUAGUUGUUGCUUUAGGCUUCCAAUGUCUAAAUUUUAUUUCCGUUUAAAUUAGGAAAUGAUCAUGGAGAAGAUUGCAGAGUUUGACAAGGAAAUUAUUGCAACAGUUUGCGGUAGUUUCAGAAGAGGUAUUGACAAUGGUCUUCUAUUGUCUGAUGAUUGUAACAACCCAGAGGCAGAUCCAGGGGGGGGGGGGGGGGGUGAAUUGGUUGGGAAGCCCCCCCCCUUUAAAACACCCCAAAAAAAUUUUUUUUCCAACAAAAUUUCUCCCCUUUUUUUUUUUUUUUUUUCACCCUUUUGCUUUUGCUCUUUUUUCCCAUCCCAUGGAACCAGGAAAAAAAAAAAAANCUCAACUGACAGAGAGUUUGAUAAGGUCAGUAAUAGUAUACAGCAAAAAAAUACUCCUACAAAUAUUCUCCCUAAAUAGCAUAAACUCAUUAGUGUUCAACGUAGCCUGUUCACAGACCCUCUCUUUUCUCUUUAGAUAUUGUCUAGCGCGCCUAUGGAAAUAAAAACCGCGAGGGAUUUAUUGUCCGCAAGUUGAAUUGGGUGGUGGUGGGGAAAAAGAGAAAAUAGUUCCUUUCGUUUUUUCUCGCAUUCCAAUUCGCUCUCGCGUGCGAACCAAGCGAUCUCACUUUCAAAUCGUCGAAAAAAAACCGUCGUACAGGUCAUGGAAAACCUGGAAAGUCGUGGAAUUUUAGAAUGUCAUUUUCCAGGCCUGUAAAGUCAUGGAAUUUAAUUAUCGUUCCUUGAAAGUGAUGGAAAAUUAAAGUUUUGUUUGGUAGUUUGGUUACUGCAGAUGGCAAAGCGAGGACAAUGUAAGAUAGACAGCAGUAAUUAAAAAGCGCAAACGGCACGCUUUUUGGUGAACACCAUAGUUUGUUUCUGUUGAGCUGCUUAAGGUCAAAAAAUACCCCAAAACAAGGAAAAUUUUGAAAAUUUUUGAAGGUGACCACUAAACCAGAGGUCUUGGAAAAUUUGAAAACGUCAUUGAAAAAAGUCAUGGAAGGUCAUGGAAUUUCAGGAGCUCAAAAAAGUACGAACCCUGAGCAAAACUUCCGUGAACAGGCCAUGUUAAACCAUUCUUAUUUGCGAAGUAUCAUUGACAAGGAAGUAUCGUAGAAAGCAAUGGUGAUGAGAGUAAUAAAAAAGGGUAUUCCUUCCAAAUCCCUCACCAACAACCCCCCCAUCCGCCCUCUUUACCUUUGCCAAAUUACACUAUUGUUCAUAAACAUCACAGCAUCACACUAUCGUAUAACUAAUUCCGAGACUCAUUGCAAAUUAUAAACUUCACUUUCAAUUUGUUGUUUUUGCGAAUCGCUCGGACUUCAUCAGCGAUGUGAGAACAUCAGUUUGCUCUUAUAUUCUUGCUAUUAUUUGUAGAAAGCUCUUCUACAUGGUGUUGUGGACACGCUAUCGAAAGGAAGUUUCGUAACUGAUUCUCUAUCCUUGGGGGACACGAAAUUUAUGGUAAGGAAACCGUAAGUUAAAGAGACAUUUAUUCAUUUGACGCAACCCUUUGUUCAUUCUUUUAUAGAAUUUAUUAGUUAAUCAAUAAUUAAUUAUUUAAAUGCGGAUUAAGUUAGUCAUUUAUUAACUUAAUUUUUUUGCAUUCGACGCAGAGAAAGCAAUCCUAUUCUAAGUGAUCUCGAUUAGAGCACCACUUGUGGUGUGCCAGACGUUUUCUGACACAUUUAUAAAUUUAAUAGGUUGAUUGAUUGACUGUUAGCUUUUGUUGAGACACUCCUGUGUGUCAUAGCAUUGCACAGACAGCCGUGUUGCCCAGACCGACACAGUAAGUAAGCGGCCUUCUUAGACUUGCCACAAGUCGACAAGCGAGCAGAGCGAGCUUUUUAGGCCGCGAGCGACAAAGUCGCGAGAGGUUAAAUCCGUCGAAGGACUUUUUUGAAAGUCUAGCGGCCUUCUGUGCGAGGAAUUCCGAGUUUGAUUCCUAGGCGUAACGUCAAAUCCUUGUUUCGACUUCUGUCAGUUCCUUGUGGCUUUGAGUAGCUUAAAAUAUCAGUAAAACGGAACACUUGUGGAGAGAGAGGGAUAAAAUGAGUGCACUGUUAGUCUGAUGCCGACCGUUUCGAUCUACCGACGUAUAAAAUUAAGGACCCUCUUUUCACUCUUCUGUUUAUUGCAAGGGGUGGGUCAGGAUUUUGCUUACCGCUACCAUCUCAUACGUACGAAGAGCUUUUAGCGAAAACUACUUUCCUUGUUUCCUUGUUUAUUCCUUUUUGCUCAGUGCCUUUAUCCAUAAUGUAUAUAUAUUUUAUGGUUCAAUUUUUUUCUGUUAGCAAACAAUUUCCAAAACUCAGAGCAAAACAGUUUGAAGCAAAACGAAGACUUCAUUGUUUCCUGCGACCAAUUAGGAGACACCUUCCAAGCAGCUCCUACACUACUCUCGAUGGUCUUCUUGACUCGGCGCUUGAUGGCGUGAUUUUCGUCAGUUAAAACUUCAACAUUGUGUGGGUUGAUGUUAUGACUCGUUGCCCGGCAGUUGUCGUUUGUUAAAUUAUUUCGCUAGAGCAGAUGAACAACGUUUUGGGUGACGUAAGUUUUUUUCUUGAACAGAAUGGAAUUGAACCACAAUCUUCAUACAGUCAAAACCGUGUCAGUGACUAUUUUGUGCACAUUUCAUUGACAGGGAGUCUGUAUUUUGCCAAAAGCAAAGGAAAAGAUUCACAGAAGAAUUGACAUAAGGUGUGAAGCUUCUCAUUGUGUAUUUAUAGGGGGCUUAAACAAGAACGACGGCGACGACGGCGCUACGAAAACGUCACUUAAAAAGUGAAGUCGCGCUACUUCAAACUGUAUCGCGCUUAUUCCAUCUCGUUCAACUCGUCAAAUGUUGGCGACUUUUCUGGAGUUGAAUUCUAAAAGACGCUAUCAAAGUUCAGGAAAACUUGAAAAAAAGUAAGUCGUGUUAAGUGUUCACGUCCUCCACAAAACGUGAAAUUUGGCAUUUUCACGUCGUAGUCUUGUAGUGACGGAAAAGAAAUGUACAAAAAAGCAUGACGCACGUGCAAAGUUGUUAUUUUGCUAAUGUAAACCUAUUGCCUUUUUGCCGUUGCCGUUGCCUUUCCCGUCGCUGUCUUCGUUGCUUAAGCUCCCUAAAUUAGUGAUCAUCAAAAAGCCCAAGUCCUUCAUGUUUAUUCCAGAGUACCUAAUUUCCAUGAAGCAACAAGCUGGUAGUUUUGCAAACUUUUAGUUAAUAGAAACUAAACCCCGACCUUAUUACCGUAACAUCGUUAGGGACUUUAGACACCACGACGGCGACGACAACGAGAACGUCAAAAUAGCAAUAGGUUGAAUGGGCAAAACAACGACUCUCCACGUGCAUCACGCUUUUAUGUACAUUUCUUUACCGUCACUGCACGACUACGACGGGAAAAUGCCUAAUUUUCCUUUUCAUGGAGGACGUUAACAAGCGACGGCUAAAUUUUCUUUCUCUAUCUGAACUUGAAUGUGGUUCUUAGGAAUUCUGCUCAAAAAGAGUUCGCUUGCAUUGGCAAAGCAAAUGAGUUGGAGUAAUCGGGACAGACAUUGACACUGCAUUGAAAAUUGCUUUUCAAGCAACGUUUUCUUGGCCGUCGCCGUCGUGGUAUCUUAGGGCCUGUUUACAUGGAGUGGGGGACCCCGGUCUAGUGGGGUAGGUUUCUUUUGUUUUGUGUUCCCCAGAGCGUGAAAACAAAAGAAACCAACCCCACUGGACCGGGGUCCCCCACUCCAUGUAAACAGGCCCUUAAACUCGCUAUUAAAGGGGCUAGGUCACGCUAUUGCUUUCUUUUUAAAAAGCUAAAACUUGAUGCUUUCAAAACAAUUGAAUUCCCAAACAAAGUGGUCCAGUUUUGUUAGUCAAGACCAUUUUUAUGCAUCGAAACUUUUUCCUGCCGUCUUUUGCAACGGAUGGCAACGGUGGACACGGAUUGAAACCUGAAAAAGUUGAGCCAUCCUUCUCAAGUAUUAAAGGCGCUGUGUCACGAAAUUCAGCCAAAUAAGGAAAUUACAAAAUGGCCAUUAAAAAUAACCGCUUAAACGUUAAAGAAACGUUAUAGUAUUACAACAGAAACAACAGAUGCCACGGAUGGGCAAAACUGAAGUAGAUUGAAACGGAUUGAAAUUAGGGUUUUUGAACGCUGUUCAGCCUAACAGCUUUUCAAUGUUGAUCCCUACUGCUUUCAACUUCAAAAAUAAUGCUCAGGAGACAUAUGUGUUUGUCUCGGAUCUCUGAUUUUGUCAUUUACAUGUAAUUUCUUCCCUUACUUUAAGUUCCAUAGCGAUUUAGGGCAAGUAAUUGGCAAAAUUAAAGAAAAUUAACUGGACUGCCGUGACACGGCCCCUUUAUUGAUAUGCCUGCCGAAAAUUUCACCAAAAUAAUUAUUAGGGUGCGUGCUCCCUGAUGAAAUUUGUUUGAAUUAUCUUACUCAUUACUCUAGAGGAGCAUUUUCUUUAUGGGUAAAGGUACUUAGUCAUGACGUCAGCACAGAAUUGACCUAAAACCGCAAUAUCCUCGUGAUAAAGUCCCCUUAGGGUGAUGUUGCAUGAGACGAUUCGCAACGACGAUUUUUAGCGCAACACAGCGUCGUAACAUUGUUGCGAGAUUGUUUCGAAUGAUUACUUUUUCCCGCAUUGCAACCCUGUGUUGUGCUAAAAAACGCCUUUGCGAAUCGUCCUGUGUAACAUCACCUUUGAAUGUGUGUUUUCUGCCAAGGUAAUGCCAUUAUUGGCUUUCCUUCAUUGAGAUUCUCCUUUCCGUGAGUUAGAAUACGCACUUUCAUUUCAGGGUAUUAGCGAAAAAGGUCUUACCCCCAAAAAUUCAACGUGGUUGAAAGAAACCCAUGUCCACAUCCACACCUCAUCUGGACUGGCUAUCUUCACACCAGAAUCAUCUGAACUGAGGCAAGAUCCCCAUCACAGUCAACAUGAUUCUAUCAUUAUCAUUUUUUUUUAUAAACCCGGCCUGAGGUUUGUCCACGUAACCACCCACUCGGAAUGACUGGCGUUCUAUCAACUGAGUGGCUUAAACGUUUGAAACAGACUAGUCUACAGGACAGUCAGCGUAUCUUGGUCCUGAUAUUAGCUCCUUUUAUUUCAGACUAAUUCCUAACGACCAGUACUACUGUGGAAUUCUUUACUUCACCGGUAGUGAUGAGUUUAACAGGAGAAUGCGCCAACAUGCCCUCGACAACGGGUUUACUAUCAAUGAAUACUCCAUAAGGUAUGUUAGUAUCAUCAUCAUCAUUAUCAUUGUUUUCGCUAUUAUCAAUAUCGUCAAAAUAAUUAAGAUUAUCUGCGUCAACACUGUACCAUUAUUCAUAUUUUCCUCAUUAUAAUGAUUACAAGUUUAAUGUCAUUGCUCACAUGUCUUCGUUAUAAUCAAUUGUCUUUCCUCUCAUCUUUAUCUCCAAACCGUUAUAUACCGUCCUUCGAAAAACUUUACAUGUUAUAAUGCUUCGAGAACAUCAUCAUAUAGGGCUCGAAGUUGGCCAUCGCAUUAACUUACCAAUUGUGAGAAGUAUUCGGAUGGCGAGUCAAAAGUACACCCUUUAGAAGGUUUUUUUCAGUAAAAUCAGAAACCCAUAAGGGGUUGUUCAACCCCUUAUGAGUUUCUGGUAAAAUCUCUUGCAAAGAGCCUGUGUGAUCAUCAUCAUCAUCAUCAUCAUUAUCAGCUGCAGCAGCAGCAGUAGCUUGAUCACUUAGAAAUCCACAAUAUCGAUUAAUCCUCACGUUCCACAGCUCCAUCACCGUCAACAAUGUAAUAUCCGUAUCUUCACAUCCUUAGUGUCCUGCGGGAUCCCUUUCCUUGGGCCUUAUUGAAAUACUAAUUCUGUCUUUUCUUCCUUUUGUUGGAUUUCUCAGACCAUUGGGGAGUACAGGUUAGUCAUGUUAUUUGAAUCUUUACUUAACCAGAGCGUCCAUACUUGUUACAGAACUGUCAACAUUUUGCUUUCGUUAUCAUAGUCUGGGACCAGGCUCCUUGCCGGGAUAAAACGACGAAUAACGGGGCGAGCCUGCCGUUAUUCGCCAUGUAGUCUGUCCGAGGGUUAAAUUUUUCAUCCGUUCUUUUUAGGUGUUCCAGGGGAACCCAUACCUGUAUCAAGCGAAGAAGAGAUAUUUGAAAUCAUUGGCAUGGAAUACAAGCAACCUCACGAGAGAAAUCUUUAA